GGACUAUUAGUGUUUGUUUUCGUGUUUGUAUUCUGGGUAUUUUCUCAAUAAAAAUGAGUGCCCCUCUGGAAAAUUUGGAAAAUCAGUUAGAACUUUUCGUGGAAAAUGUAAGACAGGUCAAGAUUAUUGUAAGCGAUUUCCAACCUCAAGGACAAGGUGUACUGAAUCAGAAGAUAAAUUCUAUCGUGCAAGGCUUGCAGGAGAUUGAUAAACUGAAAACUCAGGUUACAGAAGUUCAUGUACCACUGGAAGUUUUUGAGUACAUUGAUGAAGGAAGAAAUCCACAGCUUUACACAAAAGAUUGCAUGGAAAAAGCAUUAAACAAAAAUGAACAGGUUAAAGGAAAAAUUGAUUCCUACAGAAAAUUUCGUGCUCACCUGCUGGAGGAACUCAGCCAAGUGUUUCCAAACGAGACUAUGAAAUAUCGAACUGCUCGAGGAGAUGAUGUCAAUAGAAUCCAAUAGUUUGGAAUGAAGUGUUUUUUCAUAUUGGAAAUGCAGGCUGUAAAUUGCCCUAGACUGGGCUCUUGCAGCCUUGACUUGAAUAUACAGUUUUCUAUAAAUGCAA